AGAUCAUCGAGUAAGUCCGAGAGUAUGAGCAAGAGCCAGUUGCUUGCUUCGCCUCGUGGGUGCUUGACGUGAAAGUGUUGUGCGUUGUGUCUGUAGAAAAGUCUUGAAGAAUUGGAUGAAAUUCAGUCGAAUCAUCGGCCGGUGGCUGGUUUAGUUUAAUUAAGCCAGCUUAAUGACAGCACAGGUACCUGCCAAAAACAGAUGGCAAGAGUGUUAAGUUAUUCAAAGGAAUGAAUGACUGGUGUGAACCUCUAGAAUCUGCCAUACCAACAGAGACGUGGAUUGCCUUAUCACUCGAAAAUUUAUUCCAUCCUAGUGACGCAACUCAGGUCGAAUAAUCACUCACAAGGGAACUAUUGCCGCGAACAAGGUCUACUAUAGACCUUGGCUGUGAAUUACUACAUCACUCGUUGUCGGCUGCUUUUUCGUGCAUCAUUGUGACUCACUGCCACUCGCAAUAGACACACAAGUUCGAAAUGUCAGUUGGCCACAGGUUGCUCCUCUUCCUCCUGCAAAGCAACACUCCAAGAUGAGGCUGAGCUAAUAAUCAUUAUCUAAGAUGAGAGACGCCCAUUGUGGGUGUUGCAGGGCACCUCCGAUGGUAGACUGGAUGCACAAACUGGUAGCGACGGUCGUCUUGAUUGUGACCGUCGCGGGACAAUGCCUCUGUGUCGGGGUCUCCUCCGAGAGCCAGUACCCGCGAGUGGUGGACUUUCUGGUGGAUUUCGCGCAUUUCUACCAGUACAACGAACUCUUCGUCGUCAUCCACCAGAAAGAUCAAAAGUUGCUCCAGGAGGUGGCUCGCAGCUUACUUCAGGGAGAAGUGGAGGCCACGACCCUCGUCGUCAGGUCGUACCAGAAAAAGUACCCCAAUGCCAAGUCGCUGCCCCUUCAAACUUUCUUCGCCAGAGAUUUCACGAAGUACUCGUUCCUGAGGCCCGACUUCCCUCCCGUGUCCGUCACCAAGAGGCCUCUCUUCAUCACGUCGAUGGCGAAUAUCCUAGACAUGGAAGGCGAGUUCGGGUGGUCCAUUGGGGAAUCUUCCAGACUGAACCCUUGGCUCAUACUAUGUGGAGAUGAGAUACCUAUAUUUUCGGCCAGUUAUUACUUCCCUUUGGAUAAUCUUCUCACUGUGGCGAGCUGGACGCGACCAGAAGACGGGAAGCCGGUAAAUAUCGACCUUUGGGAAACGUACCAACCCGGACCAAAUUUUCCCCAGCGGAAUUCCGUCAGUGGGUUUUGGCAGGAUUCUUCGUCGGGCCCAAAAGAAGAAGAGUCUGCUGCUGCCGGGACGAAUGACGCUGAAAAAUUAUACCCCAAACGAGGGUGGUAUUCGUUCCCUGAUGCUAAUUUUGCCUCUAGGAGAACUGAUCUUACUGGGAUGCAUAUCAAAUGCCUGACGGAGAGCUGGCAACCUUUCACCGACAACGUCGAAGGGGACAAGGGCAACAUCAUCAUCGGGGGCAUCAUGGGAGAGAGCUUUCAGCUCAUCAGCAAAAUCCUCAAUUUCACGUACAGCUGCCGACAAGCACCUGACCGUCAGUUCGGAAACAAAAGGGACGGUGUAUGGACGGGUCUGGUACGAGAACUGAUCAUGGGAAAAGGUGACGUCAUCAUUGCGCCCCUCGAUGACACUUACGAAAGAGCGCAAGAAAUAGACUUCGUCGUGGCUUCUGGCACUAUUACGUACGACAUGAUCAUCAAGCGACCGGAGCCUCAGACCAUGACGAGUUUCAGUCGCGUCUUGCAGCCGAAGUCGUGGCACGCCUACGUCCUGGCCAUCGUCAUCACGUGCCUGCUGUACGCCCAUUUCAUCCUCCUCGGCGGCAAGGAAGGGUUCAAAGCCCUCUUCGACGCCACUUUCGACAUCAUCACGAUUCAUCUGAGGCAAGUGACGGCCUGCAUGAAAACGCCAAGGAUUCCCCGUAGGAUCUUCCUGCUGACCUGCGUCCUCACUGCCUGGAUGGUCCUGGUGUACUACACAGCUGACCUGGUGGCCUUCUUGGCUAUCCCCGACACCGACCCUCUCUUCAGUAACAUGGUGGGUCUCCUCGAGUACAAGGAGUACUACAAACUCGGCCUACAGCGAGGGAACUCGGAGGUUGAAAGAUUCAGAAACGCUACCGACGUAUCCCUCAAGAGGGUCUGGAACGAGAUCAUCCAGAAAGACCCGGAAAACAUCGUGCCGACGGCGGAGGAAGGAUUCCGGAGGGUCCUGAAGGAGAAGUUCGUGUUCCUGACGGACGAGAAGUACUUCAGACACCACAACAGACACAACUGCUCCUUCUUGCCCGUCGGAAUGAAGCUCUUCCAGUACGGAGUAGGAAUGGCAGUGCAGAAGAACUCGCCGCUGAGUUUCGUGCUCAAUUACCAAGUCCUUCAGCAGCAGUCUUCCGGCGUCAUGAACCGGUUCAAAGACAAAUACAACCCCAAGUUCGACAGCUGCAUCACGGCAGCCACAGGCCCCCUGAGCAUAACGACGCUCGCUUCUGCCUUCAUCAUCGUCCUCAUUGGAAUCAUUCUCUCCGUCGGAUUUCUGGUUGGGGAGCGAUGCUGCAGUCAGUUGGAAGAUUUUGCCAAUGUGUAUGCUGUUGUUAAGACAUUAAUUGCGAACUGA